UCAUUGCAGGGUAGUUUAGUCAUUUCCGUAAUCCCUCGUACCUAUAAAUGCGAAAGAGGGGGUAGGGUUUUCAUUUCCUGGAUUUAGGGUUUCUAAGAGCGACCAAAAUCCUUAGAUCUACGCCCCUUCAACCUCUUCGAUCCGCAGCAAUGGUGAACGUGCCGAAAACAAAGAAGACCUACUGUAAGAACAAGGAAUGCAAGAAGCACACCCUGCAUAAGGUUACACAGUAUAAGAAGGGGAAGGACAGUCUGGCUGUUCAAGGAAAGCGUCGGUACGAUCGGAAGCAGUCAGGUUAUGGAGGACAGACCAAACCCGUCUUCCACAAGAAGGCGAAAACUACAAAGAAGAUUGUGCUGAGGCUGCAAUGCCAGAGCUGCAAGCAUGUCUCCCAACACCCAAUUAAGAGGUGCAAGCACUUUGAGAUAGGUGGAGAUAAGAAGGGGAAGGGGACAUCUCUCUUCUAGUCUGGCUUCUAGAUGAAAGGCAUUUAGCAUUUUGGUACUGUUUUUGCGUUUUUUUUCAAAUUUUUAUGCUGGAGUAGAUAGGCAUGUGGCAGAGUUCUCAAAGUACUUAUAUAUCCA